UCGCUAUAUUGACUAUAUAAAGUAAACUAGUAGUCUUGAAUAUAUUCUCUCAGACACAAGAAGUGAGAGUUGAAGAUCGACUGAGACAAUGGAGACACAAAGGAUCCUCAUGAGGAGUUUGGCUGUUGUGUUCAUUGCAUCUGUGAUCUGGACUAUAACAGUCUCAGCAGAUGCACCACAGAAGGUGAGCACAUGCUGUAAGGCCGUCUCCAAAGCAAAGUUGACUGAUCCAAUCAUCGGUUUCAGGAAGCAAAAACAAAGUCUUCCAUGUGUGAUGGCCAUCGUCUUUGAGACUGAACGAGGAGAGUUCUGCUGUGAUCCUAGACAGCAAUGGGUGAAGGAGAAAGUUAUGCAGUUUAUCAGAGCUCCACAGCAGACUUCCACGGCAUAACCAGCAUCAUCUAUCAGUGAGCACACUCAUGUGACAGGAUCUACCCAAUCAACUGAGAGCUCAUGAAUCAUGAACAUCUGAAAGUAAUCUUGAAGUAGUUAUGCAUUUUUAAACUAUUUAAAUUUAAGAUAUUUCACUGUUGUAUUUUGAAAAUAUUUAAAACGAAGGUUAGUAAAUUAUGUAUAUUUAUAUUUAAACUGAAUAUUUAAAUAUAUGGUGUCAUACAUGUAAGGAAAUUUAGCGGUGACAAAUCAGUUCUUAAUUUAUUCAAUUUGUAUUAAGAAAUUGAGUUAUGGUGAAAGUGUUUUAUAACAAAUGUUUUUAAAUAAAAUAUUAGCAUAUGUUAUAUUUCACAUUGAAAUAUAUUUCACUCAAUGUACUGGAAAUGGAUUUGUCUCAUGAACUGCUGUGUGAAGAAGUGUGACGCAAGUCUGAGUGAAUUUCAAACUGAUUUGUAUGAGAGCAAACCUGAAUAUUUUUGUCAAUUGAAUAUGUAAAUGAACGAGUGCAAUCUGAAACUACAAAUAAACAAUGAUCAACAA